UCUCUUCUUCUCUACCUUACAUCAAAGAUGGGGAAAACGCACAUCGAGAUCUGCAUAAUUUCUGCCCAUGGCCUUUGCCAGUCAUCUGCUCUCUGGAGACCUCAAUGGUAUGCUGUUGGAUGGAUUGAUCCUAACAACAAAUACUGCACAAAGGUUGAAAGUUCGAAGAAUCCGAAUCCAACAUGGAGAACCUAUUUCUCAGUUGUUAUCAAUAACAGAAACCCAAACCUGCAAGAAUUGUCACUAACCAUAGAAGUCUACAGGAGUUCAAUUUUCACAAGGGAAAAGCUUCAAGGAACGGCCAUAAUCAUGCUCGAGGAGUUCUUAAUGAAGUUUGGAAGAUACGAGGCUUUAUCAGGAUCGGAGGCUGAGGAGACCAUAAGUUUACCGUUGAGGAAGAAGAACUCUGCCAAACCUCAAGGGCAUGUGGAUGUCUCGAUUCGUGUCUUUGAGGAGAAAGAGGGUGUUUAUUCACAUUCAGAUGCGGGUCUUGGUGAAGGCUUUCGCUAUGCAGAUUCCAACAGUAAUAGUUUUUCAGAUAGGCAAGUCACAUCCUACCCAAAUCAAUCUCAAAGGCCACAACACAGCCCAUUUGAGAAUCAAACACACAACAGACCCCUCCAUCCUUACAAUCACUCAGCUCUCAACACAACCAACUAUGAAGAACAGGAAGCGCAUAAUCGAGCUCGUACCCCUUCACCGCCGCCACCACCUUCAAACACUGGUUUCCUACCGACACUGUUUCCAGACACAUGCAUCAACAUGCCCGGCUCUGGAGCUUUCGCUGCUGCUGCACUGAUAUUUGGUGAUGAUUUCUUAUCAGGAUCAAGUUUUCCUUCAUCUGUAUCAACUGAUCCUUCGUUCUGAUUAUACCGAAUUGUGGCAUGAGAAUGUUGCUAUUCAUAAUAAAUAAACAUCAAAUUUGAACUAUCUUUUCUGUUCACUAUACAACAGAAGAUACUACUUUUCUCGAUCUUCGGAAGUUUCUUGAAGAAAUCUUUUGACGAUGUUCAGGAAAUCCUCUCCCCUUUCUUCAUGAGGAAUGUGGCCGCAGUUCUUGAUUACUUCGAGUCUGGAGCUAGCGAUGGCCUGAGAGAGGCGGCGCACAUUCCAUAAGGGUACUCGGUCAGUAUUUCCAAUAACAAUAAGCUCUGCAAAAAUAAUAGGUUUGAAGAAUUGUGGAUGUGCUUAUGAGAAGAAAGAACAAAUGUGAAAUGGAGUUGAAAUGGAUUGUGAUACUUAAAACUGUAGAGAGUCUAAGCAGGGUGUGAUUGCAGCCAAAAUGCAUUCUCACUGGGUAUAACUUUGGGAAAACUACACAAAACUACGAUGGCCUUUUUUUUC